UUUUAUUAAAAAAGAAAUUACUCAGCGCAUAUCCUUCCUGUCAGUGGGUACUAAUUUUAAUUAUUCUAACCAAUAUUUUGUAUGGAAACAUUUUUUUUUAACUUUCACAGCCUCUAAUUCGCAUCAGACUCAGCAUUUGCCGAUACCAGUGCAAAUAUGUUAACAAGCAAAUAAUAUAUUUAUAUAUUUAUUCAAUAUAUUUAUGCAGAGACAAAAAGAUUUGGAAUAUAAAGGCUAUUUCCUGUGAUUUUUUAACAAUGUCAUUUUACAUACUUCUGGAUUGUGCCUGAUAAAUCGAGUAAAAAAAGGGCUAAAAGUGAUGCCAAGGAAGAAAAUAAUCAUGAAAAGCUCAUUAACAAAUACAAACUAAAUAUUUUAAUCCUUUGGCAUUUGAAGUCAGAGUUCUAUUGCCUUAAAAUUUUUUCACCAAACCAUUCUCCAUAAUAGUGCCAAUCAUGCUUUUGCCUAGUAUAAAAAAGGAAUUUUAUAUUUUUGGCAGUGCUUAUGACAAUUUCUACAUUCUUCAUAAAUUAGUUGUAUUCAUUUAUGUUAACCAUGUUUGUACCCAUAAUUAAACAGAGUUUUCAUUGGGGUAUUAUCUGUGAUACGGGGUAUUAUAUGCAGUUGCAGCAUUACCAUAUCAAGCAAACAUUUUAUGUAUUUUAUUUUUAAACAUUUUAUGUAUGGAACAAUACGUGAUUGUGAACUUCUGAGGUUAAAGUUAACUACUCCUUAAAAAUGUAAAGAUGUGAUAUUUAUUUUUAGUCACAACAUUUUGGUAAAAAAACACAACAAUAAAACUUUUCAUUUAAAAUUCAAAGCAACUGUUUUUGAAUUUAAAAGAUCACAUAGGCAAACUCACUAUACCUCAACAACCUUUCACUUUAUAGCCACAUAUUUCUAGCAUUCUGACUUUAUAUAAAGCCUUGUUCUUAGUUUUAUUUGUCAAAUGCGACUUUUAUGUUUCAAAUACUCUCUAAAUUAAAAACAAGGAAGUAAAGUUUUUUUUUAAUUGCAAAAAAAAAACCACAAGGUGCUUCAUUCGUCUUCUCAUCUUCGAAAUCGUUAACACAAAAGUCCCUAUUAUUAUCUACAUUCUGUGUAUUAUCUUCUUGUUGAAAGAGCAUACCUUAUGACGCGCAUCCCCUUAAUUCGUGACAUUUUCACACACUACGGGUUGUAGGACUGAAUGUAUUGCAUAUCUUUCAGAAUAAAAGCUUUAACUUCAUAAAAGUAUAACUUUGCAUGGAUUAUUGGCGCUACUUCAUUAAUGUUGGAUUUACGUUGGCCAACACUGACAAUAUUGUGAUUUUUAUUGAUCUUUAAUUUUAUAAUUUCGUGGAAAGAGGUUUUACAAAAUUUCUCUGUAAUCGUUUUUGUUUAAUUUUGCGCAAUCUAAUUUUCCCAUACCUUCUGAAAAGAAAUGUUCCACACAUGUUGAAUUUUCCCAAAAAAAUCACUGCUUUUGCGCAUUUAAUUGUUGUUGUUGUUGUUCCGCGGUGAGUUAAUUUCACAACCUCGUCCCCAGGGUUCUUCUAUGUUUAUGAUAUGUUUUGGUGUAUUCCCAGACAUCUCAGCUGCUGAUAUCUGGAAAUACACCAAAACAUAUUAUAGGCCUGUUUUGACCUGACCUAAAUAAAAUUGAUGUUUAUUAUUUAUUAUUCAUUAUUUGUUUCUAAUUCACUUGAUUCUGAUUCUCACGAGCUUAUAAUGAAUUAUUGAUAAUUUUAAACAACACGUAAAGAAAAAAAUGUUAACUCUCGAAACAAAAUUUAUUGUGAUGCCUGAUAAAAUAUCUCUAGAAAGUGAAACCAGGGAUCUGAUUAAAUAUGAUAGCACAGUUACGUACUCAAUCUAUUUUGGCUUUAUGUAAAUGUUUACACGUGCGUGUGUUUACUCUUAGAUUAACAAACGAAAGUAACAACUUUUUAUGACGAUAAGAAUGCAUUCAAUGUUUGACCCACACCAUCACAACUUUAGGAGUGUGACCUACCGCACGCCAGUCAUUUUACUCACGACCAGGCCUGUCAGCUUCAGUAAGAUAGUCAAGAAAAUCAACGGCCAGGAAAAUAUUCAAUUCUCGUGUCAAAUGCUUACUGUGUGUCUCAGCCAAAGUUGGUGGUGGUAUACAAAUUGCUGUGUAUUUUUCCAUUGGUUUGCGACUUGUUUAUGCAUAUCUUACAUAUGUUUUUUAUAUUUUAUGUUAUUAACUUUCCAUUGUUGGGACAGUAUGUAUUUUUCAUUAUGUUUAGCUAUUACAACAGCUGCAGAUUCAGCACUUAUUAUCACUACCAUUACUACAAUUUUAAUGAUUAAAACUGCAUUUAUGACAGAAAUGCUGGUCAUCUUCGUUGCUUUGGUACUAUGCUGUUAUGUUCUCAGAAGGUUGUAGCAGGUUGUGCAAAUGCAAAACCAGAAGGUAUUUGGUUGUGCACAUGCAUCCUCAACAGAUGCUUUUGUUGAUUUUGUUAUUACAAUGUUUUGUUGACAGAUGGUUGUAAAAGGGUGUGCAAAUGCAACCCCAACAAGUGUUUUUUUAUUAGGGUACUAGGUUUCGUUGUCAAUCAGAUGUGCCAACAAGAUGAUUAUAGAAGGUUGUGUAAUGCAACCCAAACAAGUGUUUUUGUUGGUCUUGUUACUACGUUGUUUUGUUGUAAGAUGGUUGCAGAAGAGUGUGCAAAUGCAACUCUAAAAGGUGUUUUGUUGGCAGAUGGUUGUAGGUUUUGAAAAUGCAUCCUCAGCAGGUGUUUUAUUGCUAUUGUUGCCACAUUGUUUUGUUGUGAAUCAGUUGUGCCAGAUUUUACAAAUGCAACUUAAGCAGGUUUUUUAUUUCACAUUGUACAAUGUAUUUAGAACAGCUUUUGCACCUAAUUAAGUCAGCGACCCUAAAUCCAUUUUAGUGCUUUUUUUCAUGCAAAUAUUGUUAUAAAUAUUGUUAUAGUUAUGUGUUUUAUAUCUGGGCCAAGAAAAACUAAAAAACAAAAACCUCUUAUCUGCUUUCGAAAUGGCUAUAGCGCCAUUCUCAUGUGACAUACGUGACACAAAAA